AUCAAAAGAUGAUAGGAGUGGGUCUUUAAAAUAUGACACCAAACGAACACUUUUAUGUGAACACUAGGGGGGUAUGCUGUACCUGUUCAUACCUAGAGGAUUGUUUUCUAACAAUCCUUCCCUGCAUCACCAGGCAGAGGGUUUUGUGUGUUGGGAUUGUUGUUUCACAGGAUCAGCAAUAACAUGGGAACUACUGCCGUGAUCAGAUGUGGGGACUGGAUGGUGAGCGGACUGCACUGAAAAACAUACUUCAGGAUCACUUUCUGUGUCCAAACAAACAGCACUUCAACUGUAAUUUCAACAAGACUUAAUUUGAGGGAUCCUGGCUGUCCAUCCACAGCAGCGUAUGUAGAGGGAGUUGGACUCCUCCCCCAUGCUUGAAAUGCUUUAUAAAUGAAGCAUCAGCCUGUGAGCAACAGUGUGAGAGCUUAUUGGCACCCCAACAUGAAGGGACUGGGCUUGGUUCUCCUUGUGCUUCUUCUGAUGUUCGCAGAUGGGGAGGAAAAAGACCCGGUGAUGCAGUAUUGGACAUGUGGGUAUAGAGGACUCUGCAGGCGGUUCUGUUAUGCCCAGGAGUACAUUAUUGGGCAUCAUGGUUGCCCUCGAAGAUACAGGUGCUGUGCCAUGCGGUUCUAACACCGGACCUGCAAGAAGCUGAACCUUGAGGUCCGACAGGCUCGAUGCAGAGGGUCUUCUGGAUGAAUCUUUUUACAGUUUGACUUUAGCGCUCCUACAAUUAUGGGAUUGACCAUGAGUGAUUUGAAGUGAACUUUAGCACGUUAGAUAACCAUAAAGUGGAUACGUUGUAGUGAGAGUGGAACUUUUGUUAACUCUCUGAAAUGCAGUGCUGCUAUUAAACACAUGAAAAUGACUUACCUGA